UUUAUUUUUCACUUUUCAAAAUUCAAGUCCUGCCCUUUCCGCUCUCCUCCGCCAUUUUACAGGCACUUUGCGCGGGAAAAUCCCUAAUGCGAAUCUGAAAACCAGCAAUCUGUGGAGUAAUUGCGAGUGCUUCUGUGCAAUAGAGCUUUGCGUGUAUCGAGAAUGGAAGGCAGCGAAAGCGAGGCAGCAUUCAAUUCGCUGAAUCUGAAUCCACAGCUGUUCAUCAACGACGUCUUAAACAUCACCGAUGACUUGGUCGACGACGCCUUCGAUCAUUUCCUUCAACAAGCAUCAACCUCUCUGAAAAUUGAGGGCACUGACAGAGCCCAAGAUCUAUCCAGGGGUGUUGAUAUCAUCCGCAAAAAGGUUCAAUCAGAUCUUGAUAAAAAGCUGGGUGUCUGGGAGCAGUACUGCCUUGACUACGUUUUUCAAGUUCCAGAGGGGUUCGACCUGUCUAAGAAUGAUGAACUACCUGUCGACGCUUGUUUAUGUCAAAAUGCAAUAGUUGACACAGACCUGGAUGCCCAGCUGGAUUUGUUGAGGAACGAACUCACUGAGGUUAGUAAGGAGAAUGCUGCGCUGAAUCAAGAGAUCCAAGCAUUAGAAGGACAGUCUGUGUCUAGAGAUCGUUGUUCUGCGCUUGUCAAUGGGACAUUGCAACAAUAUGACCUAAACUCUUACCAUGAAAUUUUCCAGGAGAUGGUGAAAACGGCAUCAGAACUUCGGAUGAAAGUAGGAAAGCUGCAGACCGAAAAGAUGGAAGAAUCCAAACGCCGUAAGAUUGCUUGGAUCAACAACGCGCACAGAGACCCGUCUGUUAUGGAAAUUCGCAGAGGCUUCUAUAGUGCUAAGUUGGAAGAUCUUGAAGCAUUUAUAGCCCACAUGAAAAACAUGUGAGCUUCAUGCAUGCUCUAUUUUGCAGGCUUCUCUUGUGAAGUUGGAAGAUGUUGAAGAAUUUUUAGUCCAUAUGAGAAACUUGUGAACUUUUAUGUAUGAAUAUUCAACUGAAAAAUUCGAUCAGAAGAGCCACUUAGUACUACAGUCUAAUAGUAUAUCUAUUCACUUAUAAAUAAAGUUUUAUAUUCGAUUCUCGUCAAAAA